AGGACCAUCAAUAUCAGUUUCUGUAAUCAGAAGGAACAAGAGUCAAGGAAUAAUGAAUUCAGGUUUUCUGAUUUGAAGUGUCAAAAUAUGAGUUUUGGUAUCUUCUCUUGGUGAUUUGAAGUGUGGAAAAUCUAGAACCAAGAAAAAAUCUACAAAUCUCAAUUCGCAAAUAAGGUCGUUUCUUUCUUUUCUAUAAUUUACAAUGUCUCCUAGAUUAAAAAAAUAUGCAUCUGGAUAUGAAAAAUGUAAAAAGAAACAAAAAAUUAAAGAAGAUAAUAAAGUUCAAGCAGGUUCUAUGGAUAAGUUUGUAACAAAAAAAAACAAAUUUUUUUUCGGAAAAUGAAACACAAACUGUUAAUGAAGAUAAUAUUGAUGAUAAUGAUUAUGUUGAUGUUGAUGUUGAUGUUAAUGAUAAUGCUAAUGACAAUGUUGAUGUUAAUGAUAAUCCUAAUGUUGAUGUUGAUGGUAAUGUUGAUUUUCACACUUUUGAUAUAUUUGAUCCAAGAAAUUGGGUUGUUCUUGAUUCUAAUAUGAUAAAUAUAUUAGCAUUGAAAGGUCCUAAAAGAUUUUCUGCAACAUAUUACACUAAAACUUUACCAAAUGGGGAAAAAUGUGAUAGAGAUUGGCUUGUUUAUUCUAAAAAAAUUGAUAAUUUUUUUUUGUUUUUGUUGUAAAUUUUUUCCGAAAAUGGUGUGGAAAGGGUCAAUUAGCAAAUGAGGGUUUUAGAGACUGGAUACAUCUUAACACUAGAAUUAAAGAGCAUGAAACUAGUAUGGAACAUGUUAAAAGUAUAAAUACUUGGUAUGAUUUGCAUUUAAGAUUACAAAAAAAUAAAACUAUUGAUAAUGCAGCUAAAAAACAAUUAGAAAAAGAAAAAGUUCAUUGGAGACAAGUUUUGUUGAGAAUUAUCUCUAUUGUGAAAUUUCUUGCUAAACAUAAUCUUGCUUUUCGUGGUACUAAUGAGAAAGUGUAUGAAGAUAACAAUGGAAAUUUCUUAGGCUUAUUUGAAAUGCUGAUUGAAUUUGACAUCGUUUCUUAUGAGCAUAUACAACGUAUUAUAAAUGAAAUUGGUAUCCAUAAACAUUAUCUUGGGCAUAGGAUACAAAAUGAAUUAAUAAUUUUGCUUUCUUCGGAAAUAAAAUCUAUGAUUAUUAGAAAGAUAAAAAAUGCAAAAUAUUUUUCUAUAAUACUUGAUUGUACUCCUGAUAUAAGUCGCCAAGAGCAAAUGACUAUUAUUUUAAGAUAUGUGGAUGUUUCGUCAAAUGUUGUUUGCAUUGAAGAAUCCUUUUUAGGGGUUUUAGAUGUAAAUGAUACAACCGGCCAAGGACUUUUUGAUGUCUUACAAAAUGAAUUGAAUUUGCUUGAUCUUGAUAUAAGUCACCAAGAGCAAAUGACUAUUAUUUUAAGAUAUGUGGAUGUUUCGUCAAAUGUUGUUUGCAUUGAAGAAUCUUUUUUAGGGUUUUUAGAUGUAAAUGAUACAACCGGCCAAAGACUUUUUGAUGUUUUACAAAAUGAACUGAAUUUGCUUGAUCUUGACAUUAAUAAUGUACGUGGACAAGGCUAUGAUAAUGGAUCAAAUAUAAAAGGAAAACAUCAAGGAGUGCAAAACAAGCUUUUAGAUAUAAAUUCUAGAGCUUUUUAUACUCCUUGUGGUUGUUAUAGUUUGAACUUAACUUUGUGUGAUAUGGCUAAUGCUUGUGGUAAAGCUAAAGGUUUUUUUUGGAACAAUACAACGUAUCUAUACAAUUUUUGCAAAUUCCACUAAGAGAUGACAAAUUUUAAAAGAUAAUGUGAAAGGGUUAACUCCUAAAUCUUUGUCAUCCACUCGGUAGGAGAGUCGUGUUGAUAGUGUUAAAGCUAUAAAAUUUCAAAUUUUUGACAUACAAAAGGCUUUACUUCAAGUAGCCAAAAAUGAUAAUGAUCCAAAAAUAACAAGUGAAGCUAAAUCUUUAGCAAAAAAUGAACUUGGUAACUUUAAGUUUAUAUUGGCUUUAGUAAUUUGGUAUAAAAUGUUAAAUGCUGUUAAUUUAGUUAGCAAACAAUUGCAAUCAAAAGAUAUGCUUAUUGAUGUUGGUAUGAAAAAAUAAAGGGGCAGAUUUCGUUUUUUAAAGAAUAUAGAGAAAAUGGUUUUUUAAAUGCUUUAGAAACUGCAAAAGAUAUUGCCUUGGAAAUAGGUAUCGAUCCAAUAUUUUCUAAAAAACGUGAACCUAAAAUAAAAAAAACAUUUUGAUGCGAUUUCAUCCCAUGCUUCUUGUAGUGUUUCACAAUCCACACA